AUGGCGUAUAUCAAACCGGAAAAACAAAUCAAAAAUGUUUUUGACUUAAAUCCCUGGUAUUUCUCCAAGGUAAUUAUUGCAAAUUGAUGAUUUUUUUCUAUAUUAAUAAUUUUUCAGGCAUAUAAAGAUUAUAUGGAUUUUCUCCAUGCUCUGAAUCAAUCUGUCAAGGGAGUCAAGACUACAGACGAUGUGAAAUGCAACAUAUUAUGCAUGAACUUUGUGGAAAUGUUGGGAAACCUUGAUGUUUGGAUCGAUGAGAUUCCAUUGGAGGCUGUGGAAGAGCAACGUUUUGGAAAUAAAGCAUAUCGAAAAUUCUAUGAAAAAUUGGAAAAGGAGGCAGAAGGUCUUUUGAAAACUGUUCUUCCUGAGACAAGUUACGAAGCAAUGGUUGAAAUCGUUCCAUAUUUCGUGGAAUCUUUCGGAAAUGCCACAAGAAUCGAUUAUGGUUCAGGACAUGAGGCGAAUUUUUUGAUUUUCUUGUUUUGCUUGAAGAAGUUGGAUAUUUUCAAAGAUGAGGAUGAUGCAGCGAUUGUUUUGAGGAUUUUUAAUAAGUAAGUUUUGUUUUUGAAUAAAAAUUAACUUUAUAGAAAAAAAAAUGAUUUCAGAUAUCUCCGUGUCUGCCGCCAUUUGCAAACAAAAUUCAAAAUGGAACCAGCAGGAAGUCGCGGUGUCCACGCUCUCGACGACUUCCAAUUCGCCCCCUUCAUCUUCGGAAGUGCCCAAUUAAUCGGUCAACGCUCCCUCGUCCCCGAUUCCUAUCUCAAAUCAAAUAUCGUCGAUCUCCACGCUCAUCAAUCUCUUUUCCUCGAAGCCGUCCAAUUCAUCAAUCAAACAAAAACCGGGCCAUUUCACGAGCACUCGAAUCAACUUUGGAAUAUUUCAGCGGUUCCAAAUUGGAAUAAAGUGAAUGAGGGGAUGUUCAAAAUGUAUCAAGGAGAGGUUUUGAAGAAAUUCCCCGUCGUUCAACAUUUCAUGUUUGGCUCAUUGGUCUCUUUUGAGAAGCGAGAGAGUGUGGAUGGCGAAGAGACUACAGAACAUGAAACUGUUCCUCAGGCUACUAGCUUCAUGACAAAAGCACCAUUUGCACCAAGACAACCGGGCCAACACGGAAUGUUCGCCUUCCAAAUCCCAUCAGUCGCCAAAGUUUCAACCGUUCACUCCUCAAAUGUCGUGGAAUCUGGAUCUCUUCGCAGAAUCCACGAUGAACCACAUCCCGAAGAACACUGCCCUCCACCAAUGCUUGAUCCAUAA